ACGGCCACACACAUUUUAAACCCACUUUAACUUCAUUUCCAGGGCAGGCGGCACCUAUCAAGUUGAAAAACUUUGUCUGCAAGGGGUGUUUGCGAUGCCACGUCUUUUUCGCUUACUGAUUUUAUUGAACAUGUGACUGAAUUAGACGCUCACAUGGCUGCGGUGGCUGCAUGAUCCGCUUUAGUUCUUUAAAGUCCGGUGAUCGGUAGCUCCCUCGGCAGCGACCAUCCGGAGCAAAGGACCGCUGAAAAACACAGCGCUCAACCCGGACAGAUCAUGGCGAACAGCGGGCAGAAAGUUGUGCUGAUCACCGGCUGCUCCUCCGGCAUCGGGUUACGAAUCGCCGUCACGCUGGCCAAAGAUGAAAAGAAGCGUUACCAUGUCAUUGCCACCAUGCGAGACCUGAAGAAAAAGGAUAAGCUUGUGGAGGCGGCAGGAGAUGCAUAUGGCAAGACCUUGAUGUUGCUUCCACUAGAUGUGUGCAGUGAUGAGUCCGUCAAGCAGUGCAUCAACAAUGUUAAGGACCGCCAUAUAGAUAUCCUGAUCAACAAUGCAGGUGUGGGCCUGCUGGGACCUGUGGAAAGCAUCAGCAUCGAGGAGAUGAAAAGAGUAUUUGAGACCAACUUCUUUGGUGUUGUUCGUAUGAUCAAAGAAGUUAUGCCAGACAUGAAGAAGAGGCGUUCAGGACACAUUGUGGUCAUGAGCAGUGUCAUGGGUCUUCAGGGAGUGGUGUUUAAUGAUGUUUACACUGCCUCUAAGUUUGCCAUGGAAGGUUUCUGUGAGAGUAUGGCCGUGCAACUGAUGAAGUUCAAUAUCCGGUUGUCCAUGAUUGAGCCCGGCCCAGUGCACACUGAGUUUGAGACAAAGAUGAUGGAGGAUGUGGCCAAGAUGGAGUACCCAGGAGUAGAUGCCGACACAGUUCGUUAUUUUAAAGACGUUUACCUGCCAUCAUCCAUAGAUAUUUUUGAAGCCAUGGGCCAGAUGCCAGAUGACAUUGCCAAAUGCAUUAAAAAGGUUAUUGAGUCAAGCAGCCCUCGCUUCAGGAAUCUGACCAACAGCCUCUACACACCCAUUGUGGCCUUAAAGUAUGCAGAUGAGACUGGUGGCCUGUCUGUCAACACUUUCUACAACUUACUCUUCAAUUUCGGCCCUCUCAUGCACAUUACCAUGAGCAUCCUCAAGUGCCUGACAUGCAGCUGCCUGCGUAGACGCACCAUCUCACCUAACUGAAGAGGGUGUCUGAUCCUACCCCGUGCCCUUCCAGUUUGUUCACCCCACCCAGUUCCUACUGCCUUUUCCUGAGGUUUUGGGCUAAGCAGGUAGAGUAGAGCCAGUUACUGUGGAGAGAGGAGGUGCCUUUUAGUUCAAAGACACUACCAUGAUAAGCUUUGCCAGACAACAUGCACAAUUGCACAAGUUUGUCACAGAGAUGUUGUAUUCAGGAUGACUUCAUGUACUCACACAUACACACAGAGAUACAUACAGUGGGGUGGAUUCUCUCAUUGCUAGAGUUUGAAAUCGAGAACUGGUUCCAGUUGAGAACCGGUUCCAAAUUAAACAUUGAUUAACUUGAGUCACAUGCAUGACUUUUUUUCUACUGUGUUUAGACACUCAGACAGAGAUAAUAAAACAGUUGUGUUGAUGAUGACAACCUGUGUUUUUUCCACACAGAAAAUUGAUCAACAAUCAAUAAGGGAAUCAAUACAGAGGAUACUAACCGUAACCCCAACCCAUCCCUAGUUCUGUGUUUCAC